AUGUCUCAUAAUAAGUCAAAUUCAAGGAAAUCAUCCUCAGCCUAGAAAUCAAGUCAUAAAAGAAAGCAUAGCUUUAUUAGAAUUGCUAACGAGCAAUACAAUCCAUACUUCUAGGAACUAUCAAGCAUGACCAAGUCUAAAAUUGGCGAAAUUUUGCUAACAGUUGCUGAGGAUGAGAUCAUAAUAGAACAGCAGAGAUAAAUGCUAGCUGGAUUAAAAGAAUUUGAACCUUAUUCCGCAUUCACUAGAAUCGAUAGAGAUGGAAAAGGAUUUAUUGUUUCAAGAGAUUUGCAACAUUUUAUCAAUUUUAUGCAAAUAAUGCUGCCCUGUGAUGAUGCUUACUUGAGAGCAGCAGCUACUUAAAGACCACAUAGAAGAACAGCUGCUCAUUCAAGGCUUUCCCCGACAGUUGAGCAGAGUUUAUCACUUUUAUUAGAGAAUGAGAUUAAUUUCCAUCUAAUUAUUGAGCAACAAAAGAAAGACCUAGAAAAUUGUCCUGAUUUCAAUGCAAGAAGAGCUUUUAAGGCUCUUGAUGAACUUAAAUACAAUUUUAUAAAUGAAGCUAAUCUAAAAAUAUUUUUGAGAAAUAUGGGCCAUCAAGUCAUUAAAAAAGAACUAGUUGCUAUCUUAAGGAGACUUGAUCUUGAUGGCGACUCUAAAAUAUCAUUUCAAGAGUUUGCAGAAGGCAUCAAGCCAGUUUCACCAUCAAUACUACCUCAAGACAUAAGAGAGCAGACUAUUCAAGAAAGCCCAUUAAAAACAAUGAAAAAGGUUGAAGCAGAGAGGCAACUCUCGCCUGAGAGAAGACAUCACAGUUCAUCAAAGAAACAAAGACCUAGAUCGGCUGACAAGACUUCAUCAUCGAUUAAAAAUAGCACAAAAGAUAAUUUUGCGAAUUAAGUUAUGAAUCAAUCUUAUAUGAAUGAUUCACCCAAUAAAUCAGUCACAUUCAAUAACAAUUUACAAAUAUAAGAGUUUGAAAAAGAAAGCUAAAAUAGAUCAGCUAUCCUUAAGAAAUCACCCAUUGUAAUCUAAGAGAAUAGAUCACCAUAUAAUGCUGGAGGUACUAAAGCAUCUAUUAUGACUGAAAGUUUUCUUAAAACACCUACUCACACCUUCGAUUAACUAAAUACAGGGUUAGAAUAUUCAGCCACUACCCCGUAAAGGCUAAACCAACCAACUUAACCAUCAAUUAGACCCAAUUAAUCUACAAUAGAAAAUUCAACAAUACCCUAAGUAGAAAGGAAACUUGAUUUGUCCUAACAAUCUCUCAAAUUCUCACCUUUGAAAUCUCAAUAAAGCAAUUUUCAUGGUAGUGCUAAUAACAACUCAAAGAUUAAGGAGGAAUUGUUAAAAACUAUGAUUGAUUAGGUUUACUUAGAGAAAGAGAUAGAGAAUAUUAAGACUGAAUUUGCAAAUGCUUCAGAGUUUUCAUGUAUGGCUGUAUUUAAGAUAUUUGAUUAUCAUCAGAAAGGCUAUUUAACUAUUAAUGAUAUGGCUGACGCUGCAAUCGAACUUACUGGAUCUUAUCAGGGCAAUUUGUAAAAAGAUAUUCUAUUGAUAUUCAGAAGAUAUGACCAGGACAAUGAUGGUAGACUUAACUUCUAAGAGUUUUGCAAAAUGCUGGUGCCUCUAGAUGUAAUGUAAAGCAUUUAAGUUACCAAGAGAUAAGAUUUGAGACUCAGCCAUGAUGGCUUAGAGACGCUAAGAAAGCUUACAAAAGCUCAUUUAAAUAUUGAGCAAUCACAUGAAUAUCUUAGAGACAGAGUAUAGAAACUACUUUAAUCUGAAAAUACGAGUGUAUAAAAAGGCUUUACAGAACUAGAUAGGGGAUCAAAGGGGUAUCUAAGUCUCUAUGACAUCGAAGAUCUCCUCAGUGAAUACAAAAGAUUAAGAGCUAGUGAAGUAGUCAAAGAUGCUGAAUUUAUCCUAAAUUUAUACGAUAAGAAAUAGGAAAAGAGACUAUCAGCUAGGGCAUUCCAAGAUGAACUUACACCUAAAGUAAUAUGA